AUGGAUUCCAGGGUUCCAGCGCCGCCGUCUAAGCCGCUGCACAACUUCGACCUGCCAAUCACUCUCAGGUGGAGCAAGCUGGACGGAAAUGCCCCUGCACCCGGCGGCGUCAACCGCCAGUUACCGUUCCGCCACGUCAGAUCGCCGCCGCGGAGGCCUAAGACGGUGUUCCCCGCCUCCCUCCUCGAGACGCUGUCCGGAGGUUCAGUUUCGUCUCCGCCGCCGCCGCUGCCGCUGCCGCCGCCUCCGCCGCGCCGUCAGUCCUCGUCUGGGGAGAUCUCAUCGCGUCAGUCUCCUUUUCCCGGCGGUGGGUUUCAGACGAAACAGACUCCGAUCCGUGGAGACUCGUCAUCGUCGUCGUCGUCCAAACCGUCUCUGCAGGCUCAAGAGCGGAAGAAACCCUCGGCGGUGAUCUUCGGCGGCGGCGGAGGCGGCGAACCGGAUCAGCAAAUGCUGUCGUGGUUCCGCGGCCAAGCUGCGCGGAGUUUCCCGAGCCGCGAUUGGCCGCCGCUGGAGCCGCCGUCGAAGAAGACUGAUCAAAGUGCUUUGAUAAAGCACAGCAGGAAUAAUUAUCCCUUCGACACCAUAAAAAACGGGGCUUACUCAUCAUCAUCCACCUCCGCCGGAAAAUCUGCGGCGGCGGCGGCGGAGAAAGUUGACGAGAAGAAGAAAUCCAAGGGCAAACAAGUUGACGACGAAACCAAGAUAUGGAAUCUGCGUCCCAGAAAGACCACCCCAUCCAAGAAGAGCAGCAGCACCAGAUCGGGGAAGAACGCCACCGUUGCAGCUGUCGGCGGCGGCGGAGCAGACAAAGGUGGCGGUGGUAAUAAAGUUUCUGGAUCGAUGCCUGAAAGGAACAAAGCUGGUGGCAACGACAAUCAGUCUCCUCCGCCGCCGCCAAAAAAUGAAGGCGGCGCCGCCGCCGCAGAAGAGAAGAAAGCGGGAGGGGCGGCGGAGAGGUGA